UGAAGUUGUUCAUCGCCGGAAAUUAAACGAAGAAUGAAUAUUUACGACGAUGAAUCUCUGAAGCAGGAAGUAAUCUACCUUCACUCGCUCUGGCACCAAGGUCCCCCGACCCGAAACCCAAUCCCUAGCCCUAAUUUCAACCCACCCAGGCCAAAUUACAUCCCGCCGGCGGAUUUGCAACUUAUCUCUCGCUAUGGACCUGUUACUCCGCAUAUCAUACCCAGAAACCCUAACAAUCCUCAAAAUCUCUACAAUAACAAGCGCGCGAGGCCUGAUUCGGGCCGAGAAUGGCCUGUGAAGGAACUGCUUCAGUCUCCUCCUACGGGACCUGGAUGGCCUGAACAAAGGCUGUGUAAGAAGGCGCGCCUUAUUACGGAGGAGGAGACAGCGAAGUUGGCUGCCAAUAUGCUUCAGAGAGAUAUCCAUCAAACUUGUCGCGAGUUCUUCGGUAGAAAAUCCGGUGAAGAUGAUAGCUCAGUCGCCGACGGAGAUGGAUCGGAUUCGGGUAGUGAUGAAGGUGAUGAGGAUCAGUCCUCCAAGGAGUUUCAAUUCUUGACGAGAGUGUUUGAAGAGAAUGUGAAGCUUAAGGAAUACUAUGAGAAGAACACAGGGAAUGGAGAAUUCUGGUGUUUGGUUUGUGGUGGCACUGGAGAGAAGAGUUGUAGGAAGUUCAAGAGCUGUUUGGCUUUAAUUCAGCAUUCAAUUGCGAUUAAUAAGACGGAUUUGAAAAUUCAGCAUAGGGCUCUCGCGCAGGUUGUUUGCAAUGUUCUUGGCUGGGACGUUAACAACCCAGUUGUUUCCAGCCAAAAGGACGCUCAGACUGUGGGUGUAGAGGCUGUUGUGGAAGGUGCAUCUGAGCUGCCUUCUUCAGACUUGAAGAUUCCUCAGGAGAAACAAAGAGUCAUGUCGGCUGAAGAACACGCAAAGGCUGCUUUGUUACAAAUGCAACAGAAUGCAUCAGAAGCUUUGAGAGACUUUUUUGCCAAGGAAUGUACUAGUUCAGUUGAUGAAAUUGAGGAGAACGGUGAUGAAAAUUUGUCUGAGGAGUUGGAGUUAAUAUCUAGAGUUUUCUCAGAGAAUGUUGAGCUCAAGAGUUACUAUGAGGAAAACUAUGAAGGUGGAGCUUUUAUCUGUCUGGUGUGUUGUGCUGCGACUGAUAAGAAGAUGAUUAAGAGAUUCAAACACUGUCAUGGAGUUGUUCAACAUUGUACUAAAGUACCAAAAAUGAAGAUACGAGCUCACAAGGCCUUUGCUCAGUUUGUCUGUGAACUACUUGGCUGGGAUUUUGAGCUUUUACCACGUAAAGUAAUGAAAGGCGUUACUUCUCUUGUUAUAUCUCAUGCUAAUCAGAACAAUGAGAACCCAUCAUCUGUGAUCGAGGAACAUAUGUGCGAAGAUAAAGCUGAUAAUCCACAGGCCAACAAUGAGGCUGAGGCAUGCGUAGAGGCUUAAUCAUACUGUUUCUCUUCUGGGAAAUGAAUUUAAGAGUCAAGAUGAACCAAGUUAUGUAUCUCGAAGGCACUGAAUCUUCUUUCAGGUACGAUUAUUUUAGUUUUCGGCAUCUUAUACAACUUUUAUGACUUAGUAUGGGGGAGUAAUCAAAGACAAUGUUUGUGUCACCCAACUUUUAAUUCUAAGUUUUGGUUUAUGAAAUAUAUUCUCUUAUUUCUUCA